CCGGUACUGGUGAGUGGACGUGUACCGUGCACGUCAGGCGGUUCCCGGAUGCACCAAACAGAAACAUGGAACGGGUAGUGGUGGAAGUGCCGAUCAACAACGGUUUUCCCCUCGCUUGCCCUUCCACAACCCCACGAAAGCGGCAGGUGCGGUUUUCAGCACGUCAUGACAUCAUCCUUCUGCGAGAGGUUAUUGCACAGAAUCCCUUUGCCUCCAAAGAGCCAGGACGGAUUUGGGCACGCGUGGGCGAGAUUAUCACUGCUGCCCUCCAAGAUGAAAACUUUGAGGUGGAUGCCAGGAGAUGUAGGGAGAGAACCAUGCUGCUGCUAGACUACUACAAGAAACAAGACUUUCCCAGCCUACGCAGGUUUGGAACAGAGAGAUUGUAUGCCCAGAAGGAGGAUCUGCUCCAUGAAGUUUUGGAGCUGGAAGCUGAGAAGGGACUCAUAGUCAGCAAUGAUGGCACAAAGUACCAGGAUGAAGAGCGGAGAAAUCGAGUCGCAGAAGAACUAACUCUACCAGAACAGGACAAACCCAACAUCACAAUCCCGCAAACAACCACUACAGAACAAGAAGAAGAGCAUGAGGAAAUGACAGAGCUGUCAGCAGCGCCCACAGCCAAGCGGCCCUGCCAGUGCUGCUGCCAGACCUACUCUGAGAUUCUCAGCUUCUUGGAGAAACGCUCAGAGGCGGAGCAGCGGCUUCGAGAAGAAGAGCUCGCGUUGCGCCGAGAGGAACUGGAGAUUCAGAGAAGUAAGAUCGCUCUGGAGAGAGAACGUCUGGGAGCUGAGAGAAAAGAGAGGGAGCGGAGAUUUGAGCUUGAAAGCCAAGAGAGGCAGGUCAUCUUGGACCUUUUAAAAGAGAAGGUGCUGAAAGGCUGACAAUGCAUUUUGAUGCAUUUCUUUUAGUAAAUUUGCAGAGGUUGGGAGUGGGAAGGGCAAAGUUAUCCACUAAAAAGAGGAAGGAAUGCAGUGAAACUAGAAAUAAAAGAUUAUGAGUGCCAGAUACUUGUUACCUAGACAAAUGUGUGGAAUUGCUUGAAAAAGUGUUGAGACAUCUUAUUUAUGUGCACUUUCUUUUGUUUUAUAGUCUUAAACUGGUAAAAUUGGCUUUUCCUUAUCAAAGUACACUCAAUAAUUUAUUUUUACAGGACAAAACUGAUAAAACCACCUGGCCUGUUUCCCCAGACAUAGUAAAGCAUAGUGCUGGUAGCAUCAUGUAAUAGGGUCCAUAAAGAACUUAAAUACGAAUUUAAUUAUGCAUUUAAAAUGCAUUUUGGAGACUUCUAAUUUGCUGAAAACAAAGCCAGAUCCACCACAAUUAUUGGAAUUAAGUUCAGAAAUCCAGGUGUGCAAAGGCUCUGAAUAUUUUUGCACAUAGAUUUGCACAUAGAUUUCAGAUAGAUUCUUUUUCUCCAAAGUAAAAAAAACAAACAUUUUAUCACUUAGAGGAGAUUUUAAAUUAAUGGGACAAAAAGACAAUUUCAUUCAAUAGAAAUGAGCUAUAAAGCACUGAAAACUGUGCAAAGUUUGGAGACUAAAAGCAGCUGCAGAACUGACAUACAGGUAAUGACAGCAUCUAUAACAAUCAGCCGGCACAAACUGCUCCACGUUAAUUGUUAUAGAUAUUAAGAGACUAUGUGAAUUUUAUUUCUCGUGACAGUCUGAAUUAGGUUUUUAUAGCACUGCAGUAGCUGAAAUUAAGUAAUGGAAAGGAUAAAUAGGCGUGGUGUGGCAUCUUAGGUGUGGUGAUCCAUUGAGCCAGAACUGGCAGACAGGAUCAUUGUGUAUGUUCUGUUAUAUAAAGUCAAUAAAGCUAGCCUUUUCCUAGAAUGACACCAACAACAUUAUAAGCUCUUUUCAGAGAAUAUACAAUUGUUUGCAGUGCUAGAAUGAAAAAAAAAAGCAAACACAAUAAAUACAUAAUAGAGCCUGUAUAUUUAGGAAAUUGGAGUUAUGGACCUAAAUGUUUCUUAGCUCUGUAGCAUUUACCCAGAUAAUUACUUUACACAUGCCUUAUUAAAUAUUUUCUAUCUGAAGGCAUUUUAAAAAACAUACAUAGAAAUAAAACUAUAUUUUACUGAACAAAUUGCUGUAUUUUGACUGGUAAGCACUUUUUAAUGCAAAAAUUCACACUAAAACAAGCCAUGAAGUCUUUCACCUUAUUCUUCAGAUUGUGAGAAUAAGUUUUUUUUUUGUUCUUUAUAAAAUUACUUUGUAAUAAAAUAUUAAUGAAUUAAUUAAUGAAAAGUUAGCACUCUUUUUGUAAGUAGUCAUUAAAGUUGCUAAUCCCUCGUAGGGAUCGGUCAGCCGUACAGUAUAAGGUAGAUAUAUGUUCACGAUGCAGCACUUUUAAAAAAACAUUUUCUGCUGAUGUACACAUUGUUUUUUUUAUGAUUACUUUAGUUUACAUGAUAGCACUACUGUGAAAUUAUAUAGAAAACAAACUUGACAUGUUAUUUUUCCUUACAGUGGGUCCCCACAA